GAAAAGACUCUAUCCGGUAUUGGCCGAUCCUCUACCAUCAUCAUAUAAAAUGUUAAAAAUCCAUUGACUUGGGCGUAUCUGACACCAAAAAUCAGUAGCUGCCACUGCUCACUAGGAAAGAACAAGGAUUAAACAAUUUCUACGCGUGAAUUAAUGACAAGGGUUCCAUUAUUUAUUCAAGUAGAAACUAUUUAGUUUACUUCACCGACCUGCUCGUCUUGCCUGCUUCUGCUACCGCUAGCUCUUGCGGAACUCUGCCUUUCUUGAGAUAUUAGAGGCACCCACCGAUCUUCUUUCUUUCAGAUUCACUUGAAAAAAUCCCUUCUUAAUCCGUUUUCCUUUAUUUCUUUGCUCCUCUCUUCUUUGGAACGGAAAUGAAGUUGCUUUUUUGGUUGUAUUUGUGUGUUCUGUGUGGUCGAGGACUGCUGGUUAUGGCUGCAAGUAGUGACAGCACGCAGAGGAAGCUUGAUCAGACACCCACAUGGGCUGUGGCUAGUGUUUGUGCUGUUAUGAUUAUCAUAUCUAUUCUCGUAGAAAAGGUUCUUCACAAAUUGGGAACGUGGCUGACGGAAAGGCACAAGAGAGCUCUAUUUGAAGCCUUGGAGAAGGUUAAAUCUGAGCUAAUGAUUCUAGGAUUCAUUUCACUGCUCCUAACUUUUGGGCAGACAUACAUUAUCAAAAUAUGUAUUUCCCAGAAGGUUGCAGACACUAUGUUGCCAUGUCGAUCUGAUGGUAAAAAUGACCAAACUGAAGAACGUCGCCGGAGGCUUUUGGGGUAUGAACGUAGAUUUCUAGCAGGUGCUGAAACCACUAGUAAAUGCAAAACGGGGUAUGAACCACUUAUAACAGUUGAUGGAUUGCAUCAAUUACACAUCCUCAUUUUCUUCUUAGCAGUUUUCCAUGUGUUAUAUAGUUUCACCACAAUGAUGCUUGGAAGACUAAAGAUUCGUGGUUGGAAGGAAUGGGAGCAGGAGACUUCUUCCCACGAUUAUGAGUUUUCAAAUGAUCCUUCAAGAUUCAGGCUUACUCAUGAGACCUCUUUCGUGAGAGCACAUACUAGUUUCUGGACUAGAAUUCCUUUCUUCUUUUAUAUUGGAUGCUUCUUCCGACAAUUUUAUAGGUCUGUUAGCAAGGCUGAUUAUUUGACGUUGCGGAAUGGAUUUAUCACAGUCCAUUUUGCUCCUGGAAGCAAAUUUAACUUCCGAAAAUACAUCAAAAGGUCAUUAGAGGAUGAUUUCAAGGUUGUCGUGGGAGUAAGUCCAGUUUUGUGGGCAUCCUUUGUCAUUUUCCUGCUCCUAAAUGUGAAAGGAUGGCAGGCAUUAUUUUGGGCUUCGACGAUCCCUGUGAUUAUAAUCUUAGCUGUUGGGACAGAGCUUCAAUCUGUUCUGACAAAGAUGGCUCUUGAAAUUGCAGAAAGACACGCAGUGGUACAAGGAAUGCCUCUUGUGCAAGGCUCGGACAAAUAUUUUUGGUUUGGCCGCCCUCAUUUAGUUCUUUAUCUUAUCCAUUUUGCUUUAUUUCAGAAUGCUUUUCAGAUAACAUAUUUCCUGUGGAUAUGGUACUCAUUCGGGUUAAAAUCUUGCUUCCAUGCCAAUUUCAAGCUUGCUAUAGUAAAGGUUUCUAUAGGGGCUGGGGUCUUAGUUCUCUGCAGCUACAUUACACUUCCACUGUAUGCUCUUGUAACUCAGAUGGGUUCACAUAUGAAAAAAUCAGUGUUUGAUGAACAAACAAGCAAGGCCCUUAAGAAGUGGCACAUGGCUGUGAAAAAGAGGCAUAAGAAGGGAGGGAAGUCUCCCACUAGAACCUUAGGUGGAAAUGCAAGCCCCUCCACAAUAAACUCUUCUGUACACACACUGCACCGUUUCAAAACCACCGGACACUCAACGCGAUCAUCUUACGCCUACGAGGACCAAGAAAUGUCUGAUAUGGAAGCUGAGACAUUGUCACCCACAUCAUCCACAGCCAACUUGAUUGUAAGAACCAGUCAAGAUGAUGAAGCUUCUGAAUUAAGCGAGCCCCAUCACAACGAAGAAACAAGCAAUGAAGAUGAUUUCUCUUUUGCCAAGCCUGCUGUGACAAAACAAACAUGAAGAGCCAAAUUUUUCCUGCCAUGGUAAUGCUUUGUACAUGUAGGUCUGAGAACAGUAGAGUUGUUGGAAUGCAAUUGGCUAAGUACUGCAGCCAUUUUUUC